AUGGUCGUACGCAAGGCUCGAGGCGACAAGGCGUCUCCGUCGGCCAUCCACUGCUCGUCCCAGCAAUCCCGCUUCCACACAGAGACGCUCGACACCUCGCGCGAGAUCGACCUCAAGGACGUCUCCAUCUCGAUUGGCGAGCGCGAACUCGUCAGCGGCGCGCAUCUGCGGCUCAAGGACGGCGUCAAGUAUGCGUUGGUCGGGAGGAACGGGACGGGGAAGUCGACUGUCCUCACCGCGCUCGCCGACAAGCUCAUUCCCGGCAUCAAUCCGAAUCUGCGCAUUUUGCUUCUCUCGCAAGUCGAGGACUCGACGAGAUCCAGCGACGACGAGACUCGGACGGUGCUGCAGCAUGUCGUGCACGGCGACAAGGAGCGGACGCGGAACGUUAAGCGGCUCGAAGUCCUGACAAAAGCCGUCGACUCGACGCAACCCAUCGAGACGGAGCGAAUAGUCCGCACACUCGAACUCGAGGACCGGCAGGAGGAGCUCGUGCAGGCGCAGCUGGUUGCGAAGCGGCGGUCGGGUACUCGGGGGAAGGCGGCGCGAGAAGCUGAGAUACAGGCGACGAAGCGGGUCGAGGAAGCGGAGCUGAGACUUGCCGAACUUGCCUCGAACGGACCCUCCCCAGACGUUCUCGCCCGCGCUACCGACAUGCUCAACGAUGUCCAGGCUAGCCUCGAACUCCUCGACUCCUCCACAACCGAAGCUCGCGCUGCGACGAUCCUGACCGGCCUCGGUUUCACGGAGGAGAUGAUGAACGGGCGAUACUCGGCAUUGUCGGGCGGUUGGAGGUCGAGGUGUUCGCUUGCGACGUCGCUGCUGGUCCAGUCCGACGUGCUCUUGCUGGACGAGUGUACAAACUUCCUCGACCUCGAGGCGACGAUCUGGCUCGAGCACUUCCUCCGGGACGAGACCCGCACCCUCGUCAUCGUCUCUCACGACCAAGCCUUCCUCACCGCCGUCGUUGAAGAGACAAUUAUCCUCCGCAAUCAAGCUUUCGUGUACUUCGAAGGAACGCCCGCUGCGUUCGAGGUCGAAGAGCGGAAGAAGGCGAAGAGGAUGACGACGCAGAAGGAGGCGCUGGAUAAGAAGCGCGAGCAUGUGGAGAAGUCGAUUCAGCGUGGGAUCGCGAGUGUGAAGAAGACCGGGGAUGAGAAUCGACAGCGCAUGGUCAAGUCGAGGCAGAAGAAGCUUGACGAGCGGUGGGGUCUUGAGCAAUCGGCCGCAGGACAUCGCUUCAAGCUCAAUCGGGACCUCGUCGGCUACCACCUCACUCGACGAGCCGAAGUGGAGACGCAAGAACAAGAAGCGGCAUCGAAGAUCCGCGUACCGAGUCCCGAAAAGCUGCGCACACUGGGCGACCUCGUCCACUUCGACCAAGUCGAGUAUCGCUUUCCCGGCGCCAAGACCCCCCUCCUCGCCAACGUCACCUUCACCGUUGAACAAGGCGGUCGUGUCGCUUUCGUCGGCGCAAACGGGAACGGCAAGUCGACUCUUGCAAAGUUGAUCGUGGGCGAACUCGUCCCAACGAAGGGCAAGAUCGUGCGACAUCCGCAGCUCCGCACCGGCUACUUCUCCCAGCACUCGGUGGAGAACUUGACGCUCAAGACGACCUCGGCGCAAGGCGGUCCCGUCACGGCUCUGUCGCACUUCCUCGAGCACUUUGAGGCGGAGGGCGAGAAGGUGCUCGAGUCGGAGGCGCGUGCUUGCCUCGGCUCCUUCGGUCUCAAGGGUGAGAUUGCGAGCGAUACGCCGCUCUCGCAACUCAGUGGAGGACAGAAGGUCCGCCUCGCGCUUGCCCUCAUCGUCUUCCGCCCACCUCCUCUCCUCCUGCUCGACGAGGUGACGACGCACCUCGACUUCUCGACAAUCAAGGCGCUCUCGAAAGCGCUCAAGUCCUUCUCGGGCGGCAUCGUCCUCAUCACGCACGACCGGUGGUUCAGCCGAGUUGUCGUCGAGGGCGAGACGUUCCAAGCGGCAUCAGGAAUUGAGGAUGAAGAGGAGGAAGAGGCGGAGAGUAGCGAUAGUGAGGAGGAGGGCGCGGCCAAGAGGGGUCAGACUUUCAGGGUCGGGCGGGGCGGCAUCAAGCUGAUGGAGAAGGGGAUGGCUGGAUACGUUGCGAGUGUGGAGCGGAAGUUGGCGAAGCGUAGGGGGUGA